CCUCCUAGAUAAUCGAAGCUAAUUUUCCCAUCUCAAGAUCCUUAGUCACAUAGCCCAAGUCCCUUUUCCCAGGUUAAACAGCAUAUUCACAGGUUCUGGGGAUUAGGAUGUGGACAUAUUUGGAGCAUCAUUAUUCUACCACACCUACUACACAACUGUGAGUUCAAAAUCGAAAAAUUAUGGCAUUCAACAUAUUCCACAUUUUUCUCUUAUUUUAACUACCCACCUCAUUUACCAAUAGUCAGAAGACUUUAUAAUGUGUCACCAGCUUUUGAAUCACACAACUAGUUCUUUGAUCUGAACUUUACUGACCUAAAUAAUCGUAAAGCCACAGCCGCCCUCAUUUUUACUACUGUUGUUUCGGGGAGCAGUUACAAGGUCAUUAAAGCCACUUUCCCAAUUAAAUUGGCCACCCUAACAACUAGGUCCACCCGCAUUGCUGUUAACAGCGGGGGCAACAGCAGUUAGCACCUUGACGGUGCACCGGGCAACUAAGGGCCUAAAAGGUAAGCUUCUUCCCGUGUCCCUUCCCACCCGAGAGUCGCGGGCCCUGCCUCCCAGUCCCGGCCACCCACCGCACAGCGCGUCGAGCCUCUCUAGGCCGCCGGCGAACCCCCCGCGCUCUAUGACGCCCGCCGCGAGGAGCGGGGAGGAACCACCGGGAGCCGCGCCGCUCGCCGGGUCCCCGCCCAGUUCCCGCGUGGCUCGCAGCGCUCUCUCGGCGCCCUCCUUUCCCUUUCCGCUGUCUCCGCCUCCGGAAGCUCGAGCCAGGCUGCUAGGAGCCGCGAGCGGAGAUUGCGUGCGCGCGCUAGCGUGUGCGCGCGAGCCUGCAACGCCUCGGGCGGCGCGCCAGGCGGCCGCAGCGGCCCCGGCGCCCAGAUAUAUUUUUGCCAUCAUGGAUCGUUUUGGAGAUGUAUCAGAAGGUGAAGUGGACCAUUCUUUCUUUGACAGUGACUUUGAAGAAGAAAAGAAAUGUGAAAGUAACUCAGUUUUUGACAAGCAAAAUGAUGACCCUAAAAGGAGAAUAGACGAAGAUACAGAAAAUGUCAACUUGAAAUUUGGAAUACAAAGAAAGGAAAAUGAAAUAAAAAAGAAAAUUCUUCCAGAAGAACACCCGGUAGAAAAUGAUAAUAUGCGAACCAGAAAUUCUUUAUCAUUGUCCACUUCAAGAUCAAAAAAAUUGUGGGAUGCUACAACAGGGCAUAAAAUACACUUACCCACUCCAAGUAGAAUUCCCAAAAUUGUGAAAGAAGGUGACGAUGAUUAUUAUACGGAUGGAGAGGAGAGCAGUGAUGAUGGGAAAAUGCAGCAUGUCAGGUCCAAGUCAGCUAAACCACCUAAUAACCUUAAAAAAAACAUAAGUAAAAAGUAUUCCAAAAGUAAUUCUUCUUCCUCCUCUUCCUCUUUGUCUUCCUCAUCUUCAAGUUCAGGUACAGAUUGUUCAGAUGCAGGGUCUGAUAACUGUAUUUCUGAUACAUCUCCAUCAUUAAAGAAACGUCUGUCUGGUGUAACCCACUUGUCACCAAAACAGAAAUAUAAAUCAGGAGUAAAAUCAACAGGAACACGGCCUUCAAGUACUAAACCAAAAGUCAAUGACUACACUGAGGAAUCUGAAGAUACUGUGACAGAUGUCACUCCUCUCUCAACUCCAGACAUCAGCCCUAUUCAGUCUUUUGAACUGGGAGCAUCAAAUGAUCAAAAAGUAAAAGUUAAAAGGCAAGAAAACGUGAGUCAAGAAGUAUAUGGAAAUGUUGAGGAUUUAAAAAAUAAUUCAAAAUGUUUGAAAUCAACCAAAAAGGGGAAAGAAAAAACUGGGCCUGAUCUCACUCCAGAAUCUUCAGUGUUAGAUUCCAACGUAGACCACAGAUAUAAACAAAAAGUCUUACAUGACACAAUGGACCUCAAUCAUCUUUUGAAAGCUUUUCUGCAAUUAGAUAAAAAAGGACCGCAAAGACACCACUUUGAUCAGCCUUCAGUAGCACCAAGGAAAAACUACUCUUUCACAAGAGAGGAGGUGAGACAGAUUGAUAGGGAAAAUCAGAGGCUUUUGAAAGAACUCUCAAGACAGGCUGAAAAAUCAGGAAGCAGAAGUACGAUUCCUAGAAGAUCGAUUGUUCAUCCCCCUAAGUUAUAUCACAGUGCCCUCAACAGGCAGAGGGAACAACAAAGGAUUGAAAGAGAAAAUUUGGCUCUAUUGAAAAGACUUGAAUCUGUGAAACCAACAGUUGGUAUGAAACGCUCUGAACAACUGAUGGACUAUCAUCGCAAUAUGGGUUAUCUCAGCUCAUCACCAUCCACCAGACGAGUGAGAUCAACUCUUGGCCAGUAUAGCCCGUUAAGAGGAGCUUCUAGAACAUCCAGUGCUACCAGUGGUCUCAGUUGUAAGAGUGAGCGACCAGUUUUUGACACAUCCAGUGGCCUGUUGCUAAGACCUAAGCCCCCUAAUGUUCGUACAGCUUGGUUAUAAAAACUCUUUUUACUUUAAACAUUGUUCAUCCAGUUCUUACUGAAGUGCUCUUGUAUAUUAUUAUAAUUCUCUGUGUAAACGUCUAUAAUGUAAAAUUUACGAGUUGUAAUUUUAUUGUAAUUCAAUGCAAAAUUGUUUAAAAAAACAGUUUAAUGUAAAAUCAGUGUUUCCUGUGAGGAUGUAUUUCUAUGAGAGGUAUAUGUAUUUGAUAGAAAAAUGGUAGUAUGCAUGUAUAUUUUCUCAACAUAGAAAAUGAUUCAGCUCUUACACUGACAAAACAGUUGUGAUAAUAUCACACUGUAUGUUGGACCCAAGAUGUUAACUAUGUUGUUCUUGUUUUAUGUUUUUUUUUUAAUUUUUUAUAAGUUUUAAACCAUGAUCGUAGCUCCUAAAUAUAACUGUUUUCUCUUUGCUCCAGAAUUCAGGUGGUAUAACUCUUAAUUUGAUUGUAAGACUUGAUUGUAUACUUACUGUGAAACGAAACUUGAAAUUUGUUUCCAUUGGUGGAGCUGAUUUAGAUUUGGUGAGCAGACUGAGAGAAGCUUGUACUAGGGCAGCCCUUGUGAUUGACCAAAGGCAUCUACUACCUCCAUAUGAGUAAGUGUGCUGAGUUAGAUCUUAAAAAUGUGAUCAACCAUUCCAAACCGUUUCAAACUGUGAGUAUUAGAAAGUUCAUCUUGGAAGCAAGCUCCUUCUCUUCCACGUUCUUACACAUUCAGGUAAAGUACCACUAACGAUUCUGAGAAAUGAGGUAGACUUUAGAGUCACAGUCCGCUACGUUGUGAAUAGGUUGUCCAAGGACCAGAUCACCACAAGCAAAAGCAACUAUUUGUCGAGCACAAUAGCACCACCAGUUUGAAAAGGCAAGAAGCAGAUCCUGAGUUGUGUCAGAACAGUGUUUUAAGUGAUACUGUUAACAAGUUGUGUUACGUUUCAGUGUUUACUAUAUUCAGAGAGGAGAUAAAUAAGAAAUGUGUGGUCUUAAAGCUUUGGAAAUUCCAGCUACUAUUUUUAAGGACUGAGAAAGAAAAUUAAAAUAUGAAUGGUAGAGGAGAAAUAGCACACAUUUUGUUGAGGCUACUUUAAAUGAUGUCAGCUAAUUUUCUUGUUUGGUUGGGGCUUUUGAGUUGAAUUCUGGCAGAACCAUUUUUGCCAGUCCCACUUUGCAAAUCCUAGUAAUCUUAAUGGAAUUAGUAAGGGCAAAUAGGGUGUCAUAUAGUUGACAAAUCAGAAUAUUUCUCUGUCGAUCUGUGGGCUCUCAUUUCAUAUACUGGGAAGUUUCCAUAUUAAAUGCCAAAUCUUGCUUUUUUUAAUGUGAGUUCUUGCUCUGUAGCCGUGAUAAUAUUUGUUGUUUGUUUUUCCAAGUUAACUCAAGCUUUUGUAGCAUGUGGACUGAACUUACUUUUCUAACCACCUUGGGCAGUAAGCCAAACGUCAUGUUGCUAAAUAUCUAUUCAGAAUUUCUUGGUCUUAAGUUGGCAUUGAUAGAUUUUGUCAGAAGAUAGGGCCUGUGAAGUGUGGCAACAGUGGUGUUGAAAAAAAUUCAUGUGAACACAACCUGACAGAUUUUUCUGCUUCUUUCUUUGGGCUAUAAUGUUCAUUCAUUGCUAUUUGAAGCUCUCUUCUGGUGCCCACGUUUUUACAUCAUUUAGCACUCUGCUUUAUUUAUUAACUUUAGCUCUGCUAAACCAGGGGUGUUUUGUUUUCUUUUGUGUUUAGCUUACUGCACUUUUAAUGUUUGUAUAACAACUUAUCUUUAAGAAGAGAUAAGGUAAUGCCGAAUUUGGACACCCGCCUGAUAUGGUAAGCCAGUUUUUAGAAAUUGAUUUUUAAGUUGUUAGGGAAUAUCUAUCUAUAUAUAUCUAUAUCUAGAUAUAGAUAUAUAUAGAUAGAUUGAUAUAGAUAUCUAGAUAUAGAUAUAUAAAAAUAUAAACCUUUUAUGUUCAUGACAUUAGUCUCUGAAUAUAUUUUAUAUGGCCUUUGCUGUCAUAGGUCAGGAUUACAACACAUCAUUUUUAUAGAUCAAGCUAUAUUUGGAUUUUAGAUACUAAUUUCAUGCCUUCAGUUUUUACUGCUUUGACGGCGGGUUCAUCAAAGUAUCGCUGAUAGCUGGGAUCCAACUUGGAGUAAAAGUUGGGAAUUCCGAGCAGCAAUGUUCGUCCUUUCAAAGCAGAAUUCACAGGUCUGUCGUCAUGAGUGCUUAUAUACGAUAAGUAAAAAUAGAAGGAUAGGAGUGGAAGAAUACACUAUUUUCUGAUAUAAGCCAAGCUACUUUGAAGGUUUAAGGGACACUUUUAUGAAGGAAUCGUAAGUGUACUAUUUUUAUUUUCAAGAACUUCUAAAAGGUGAAGGAUCACCUAGCACCACUACAUAUUAGGUUCACUUGGACCUAAUAUAUAUACUUUGGAAAUUUACAUCUGCAACUGGAAGUUAUAAUCCAGAAUCUAAAAUUAUCAGGCAAGAUUCUUAUUGAGAGUUAUUUUCCUAUCUGUCAAAUGUUCAACUAAUGUUGCCUCCAUUUUAACAAGAUUUUAUGAGAGAUUUUGAACUAUUGAGAUUAUUUCCUAAGGGAUACCUAUUUUAUCUCACACUUUCCCUACUUUGUUCAGUCUCCAUUAAAAGGCUGCUUUCUUAGCUACUACUCCGAAUAAAAGUUUUCUGGUUUGCUUAUAUAAAAAUGUAGUGUAAUGCAGUUCUCAAACCAUUAACCCAGUGUCCAAAAAUGGUACGGGAGCAACUUUAGAAAGAGGUCAUCGUGAUACGUGUGCGCUUCUCCUGUUCAGAUUCAGGCACUGCACACUAUGCAAAGUGUUAUGGCCAGUAUAAGUUGGAGACACAGUUGAAUUUAUUAUAUUUUAAUAAUUAAAUUUAUAAGAUGUUUAAUAUCUUAAACGCCAAAAUCUUAACCUACAAAUGAUUGUAUACCAUCCUAGGAAAUGUGCUUAAUGCUAAUGGCUACUUUAUUUCCAUGAAUAAAGAUUAGUAAUAAACUUAAAAA